AUGCUAGUUUCAUCAGAAACCACGCAGCCCCUUCAAUUUUCAAACAAGACACACAACAAAAAAUUGUACAUACCUUCCCUUGGCCUUGCUCUUGUGCUGCUGAUCUCCUUGGCCUCUCCCGCAAGUUCCUGCACGGAGCAGGAGAAGACCUCCCUUCUCCAGUUCCUCAUCGAGCUCUCAUGGGACGGUGGCCUUGCCGCCUCAUGGCGGAACGACACGGAUUGCUGCAAGUGGGAAGGGAUCACUUGCAGGAAAGAUAGGACGGUCGCCAAUGUCGUGUUGGUUUCAAAGGGCCUUGCAGGGUAUAUCUCAGAGUCCCUUGGGAACCUGACCAGGCUGCAACACCUUAACCUCUCUCACAAUUCACUGUCCGGUCCUCUGCCUCCGGCAUUGGUGUUCUCCAACAGCAUCAACAUCCUUGAUGUCAGCUUUAACCGGCUUAAUGGAAUACUCGACAAGCUGCCAUCUUCAACCUCUGCCCGGUCUCUGCAGGUACUGAACAUCUCAAGCAACUUAUUUGCAGGACACUUACCAUCCACCACAUGGAAAGCAAUGGAGAAACUGGUCACACUCAAUGCCAGCAAUAACAGCUUUACAGGGAAGAUGCCAACACAUUUCUGUAGCAGCUCACCAUCCUUUGCCGUGGUUGAACUCUGUUACAACAGAUUCACUGGCAGCAUUCCCCCUGAAUUUGGUAGUUGUUCGAAGCUCAGAAUACUCAGUGCUGGCCACAACCACCUCAGUGGGACAUUCCCAGAUGAACUCUUCAAUGCUACUUCGUUAGAAUAUCUGUCUUUUCCUCACAAUAUCUUACAUGGAGUACUUGAUGGUUCACGCAUAAUUAAGCUCAGAAACCUCAUAACCCUUGAUUUGGGAGGGAACAGUUUCAGUGGCACAAUUCCUGAUUCUAUUGGUCAGCUCAAGAGACUGGAGAAGCUCCAGUUGAACAACAACAUAAUGUCUGGGGAGCUGCCAUCAGGUCUGGGCAGCUGCACAAAACUCAUAACGCUUGAUUUCGGAGGGAACAGUUUCAGUGGCACAAUUCCUGAUUCUAUUGGUCAGCUCAAGAGACUGGAGCAACUCCAUUUGAACAACAACAUAAUGUCUGGGGAGCUGCCAUCAGGUCUGGGCAGCUGCACAAAACUCAUAACAAUUGACCUCAAGAGCAACUACUUCAACGGAGAACUUAUGAAGGUCAACUUCUCCACCCUGUCAAAUCUAAGAAUUUUAGAUCUUCACAUCAACAACUUCACUGGCACAAUUCCAGAGAGCAUCUAUUCAUGCAGCAAUUUGAUCGCGCUGCAGCUAUCAGUCAACCAUUUCCGUGGAGAGCUCUCGUCAAGAAUAGGAAAUUUGAAGUAUCUCUCCUUUUUCUCGAUUGCCGACAACAAUAUUACAAACAUCACAAACACACUUCACAUUCUUAAGCAGUGCAGGAACCUUAACACCCUGCUAAUUGGGCACAACUUCAGGGGUGAGCUCAUGCCAGAGGAUGACAAAAUUGAUGGUUUUCAGAAUCUUCAGGUUUUGGGCAUCGGAGGUUGCCAGUUGUUUGGAGAAAUACCUCUUUGGUUAUCGAAGCUAGAAAAUUUAGUGAUGUUAAUCUUAUCUGACAAUAACCUCAGUGGAUCAAUACCAGCCUGGAUCAAAGCCCUUAGCAAUCUCUUCUAUCUAGACAUAUCUUCCAACAGUAUCACAGGAGAAAUUCCAACAUCACUAAUGGACAUGCCAAUGAUGAAGUCAGAGAAGACUAAAGCCCAUCUGGACAUGAAGGUCUCUGAACUACCAGCUGAUGCAACUCUAUCACUUCAAUACCGCAUACCAAUUGAUUUAUAUAAAGCUCUGGAUCUAAGCAAUAAUAUGUUAACUGGUAAGAUCCCCAUGGAGAUUGGUCAGUUGAAAGCCGUCCUUUCACUCAAUCUGAGCUUCAACGAUCUAACAUGGCAGAUCCCAGAAUCAAUAUGUGAUCUAACAGACCUCGAGGUGCUAGACUUGUCAAGCAACCAUCUCACAGGUGCAAUCCCAGCUGCAUUGAACGGACUGCACUCCCUUUCAGCUUUCAACGUCUCUAACAAUGAUCUGGAAGGUCCUAUUCCAUCUGGAGGCCAGUUCGACACAUUUCAAAAUUCUAUCUUCGAUGGGAACACAAAGCUCUGUGGUACUAUCCUCCAUCGCAACUGUAGUUCAGCAAAAGUACCUCAAGCUACCAUUCUUACAAAAGAAGAAGUUUUUGCGAUUGCCUUCAGUGCAUUCUUUGGUGUAGGUGUGUUGUAUGAUCAGAUAUUUUUAUCAAGGUUUUUUCUUAGAACUAGGCGAUAG